AUGUUCUCACAGGUCCACAAUCUCCCAAAGGGCCAUCCUGAGCACGAAGACAAUCAAGAUAUACCUGGAUAUAUCUUCUGCAUCUCACUCCCGCCGACUCCGCCUCCUUCUCCUCCGCCUUCAACAGACCUCCUAACGCCCGAGAAUUUGGAAAUUGUGGUAGAAUUCAACGACGCCCUUUACAUAGGGUACGAACCGCGACCCAGAUUCACGAUGGCGCACCUCGAGGACCCAACCGGCGAAUAUGCCUUUUUGGCGAAACUCAUUCAGCACAUGGACCGACAUCUCAUCUUUCCCUUACUUGAACACAAGCUGGGGUCAGAAGAUAUCUCACAAGAGCGUUACGAUGACCUCAAACAGGCCAUAUUCAACCUCCUCAGUGACACGAACAUGAUCGACUACGUCGGCAAUCUCUACAAGGAAAUUCACAAGACAGACGCGACUCCUGCAGACUACGCGAAGAAAAGAGAGGAAGUGUUGAAUCAACUGGCAAAGUACCAGGAGGAAUCUGCGCACCUGACCAAUUUGCUGAACGACGAGUCAGUUACAUCUCAACUCCGAAGUGACAAAGUCGCCAACCUGAAAUUUCUUGAAGAGCAACACGGAGUUACGCAGCAGAUGGUAGACAACCUCUAUGAUUUUGGCAGAUUCCGUUACCAGUGCGGUCUUUACCCGGAAGCCGCUGACUUGCUCUACCGCUUCCGUGUCCUCUCCACCGACAAUGAAAAAGUGGUCAAGGCCACGUGGGGCAAGCUGGUCUGUGAAAUUCUGGGAGAAGAAUGGGAAAACGCCCUUGAAGAAGUGGAAAAGGUCAAGGAACACAUUGAGACACGUCUGUUCAACAGCCCCCGCGCACAACUUACCGCUCGUGAAGCCCUUGUGCACUAUGCUCUUUUCCCCUUCUUCAACUACGAACCCGCCCGCGAAAAGUUGACCGAAAUGUUCUUCUCCCCACCAUACAUCUCUUCUAUCCAAACUGUUUGUCCCUGGAUCCUGCGUUACCUCACAGCAGCAGUCAUCACCAACCGCGCCCGCAUGAACAACUCUCACAACUACCAGAAACAACUGAAGGAUCUUGUCAGAGUGGUUAAGCAGGAAGUCUACGAAUAUCAGGACCCCGUGACGGAAUUUGUCAAGGCCCUAUAUGUCGACUUCGAUUUCGAAGGUGCACAGAAAAAGUUGUCGGAAGCUGAGGCAAUCUUGAGAGGAGAUUUCUUCUUGGGGAGCUCAACAGAUGCUUUCAUGGAGAGUGCCCGACAUCUCAUCUCGGAAAGCUAUUGCAAGAUCCACCAGAGAAUCGAUAUCCAGGACCUCUCUACCCGUCUUGGACUUUCCCCCAGUGAAGGCGAGAAAUGGAUUGUUAACCUCAUCCGCGACACAAAAGUUGACGCUAAAAUCGAUUACCAGGCUGGAACAGUAGUCAUGAACCACCCCCCACAAAGUGUUUACCAACAGGUCAUUGAGAAGACGAAGGGCGCAUUCUUCCGCACACAGGUGUUGAGUGCUGCUGUAGCGAAAUGA